AUGGCCAAUAAGCGCCAAAGUGUAUCGGAUUCCGGUGCAACAGGAGAAUGUCCCUCCUUACCCUGGAGGGUCAUGUCCUCUGCGACAAUAUUUGGAGUCGCUGCGCUAUGUCGCUCAUUUUUGUAUACGCUUAGUCGACCCGAGGUAAACGGCCUCGACUCGUUCUUGGAGUUGCUCGACUCUCGAAGUGAUCCGUCCAAGAGAACGAAGGGCCUACUCACAGUUUCCAACCAUAUCAGCGUUAUGGAUGAUCCGAUCAUGUGGGGUUUCCUACCAUUGCGAUACAAUUUUGGCUUCUCGAACUGGAAUAAAAGAUGGGGAUUUGGCAGUCAUGACAUCUGCUUUCAGGGCAGGCCCUUAUCCCUGUUCUUCACCAUGGGUCAGGUUCUGCCCACCCAUCGACUCGCACACUCACCCUACGGUGGUGUUGCACAACCAGCCGUAACCCAGGCGAUCCGAUUGUUAUCGAAAGGACCCUUCCCCGUUAACGCACACAAUGCCCGUCCCGAGCGACAGUAUUGGAGUCGACAGAACGUCUGCGUCGACCCCUUUUCCGACCUUCCCAUGGCCUACACCACUAACGGAGAGGAUUCACAUCUGGCUCCAUCCGCAUUCUCUUGCAACUCCUACUCCUGGGUCCAUAUUUUCCCGGAAGGCAAAAUCCACCAGGCACCGAACAAAACAAUGCGCUAUUUCAAAUGGGGCGUUGCUCGACUGAUUCUAGAAACAAAUGAAUGCCCUGACGUCGUUCCUAUGUGGAUUGAAGGGUUUGACCAGGUCAUGCAUGAGAGCCGCGAGUUUCCACGGUUCCUCCCACGACCCGGGAAGGACGUUAGUGUCACUUUCGGACAGAAGGUUGAUACUGACGCAGUGUUUGGAGAUAUGAGGCGGCGAUGGCGGGAUUUGAAGGCCAAGGCAGAAGCAAAAGCUCCGGAGACUCGCGACCUCCCCAUGGGAGUGUUGAGCGACGAGCUUCUUAACGGAAAGGAAGCAGUUGAGCUGCGCAAAGAGGUCACCAAGAAAGUUAGGGACCUUGUGUUAGACGUAAGACGCUCGAGGGGGUUGCCCGAUGAAGAUCCAAAGGAAGGUUUGGUAGAGACCUGGAUCCAAGAAGGGCCGAAACGUGAAGGAAAGAUGGAUGAUGAAUCCUGGCUUCCACCUUCCCGCACCUCGGCGUCAUUUCCAACUUCCCCUCUAUCCACCACCCUUACACUUUCCUCGAUGCCCAAAAAGCAUCAUAGGUCUACUUUCACCAAACCGGCUAGCACCGCUCACCAUACUCUAGCUUCCUCUGGCCUCCGAGAUGAUCGUUUCCGGUCGUCAACUGAACAGCCAUCCGUCAACGACCUGAUCAACCAUCUCCGCCGUACCCAGGUGUCCAGCUCUCCUUCCGAAGAUGGCGCCAGAGCUCCUUUCAGGACAGUUGCGCCGCGAUCCGUCCAUCCAUCGCUUCGUAACCUACUAGAGCUCCCCGAAACGCCGCCUCCCCGCCCUCGCCCGGAUGCCCGCCGCGCCGGAGUUGGUGGGCGACGGGUGAGAAGGACCGCUGGGCCACCGCCACCUGAGAGUUGGCUGCUUGGAAACUAUUCAUCGGAGAAUUCAGAGGAAACUGGCCUGGAAGCUGGUGCAGCGGAGGCCGAGAGAAUCAUAUAUCGCCUCGAUCGUCUCCCAGGUACGACGUUUCCCCGGAGAACCUCCCUGCUACAUAUGCUGCUCAAAUCUAUGGCUUCACAUUGGGCUUGGCAUCUUGAAUACGACGGGCAGUUCCUUGCACUCCUACCUAGUCAUAUCAAAGUGCUGCUGCUUAGCUAUGUCGCCAUCCACGCGAGAGACCAGCCGUUGCGGGGUAUGAUGCAUGGUCUAAGACCGCUGAUUGAGAAACAUCGGCCUGAAGAAGACGAUAUAUCGCAGGACAGUGAUUUGGAGAUAAGCCGCUUGGACCUAGGCGGUGCGGUAGGGCGCUGGAUGACCUGGAAACAGCUUUCCAGCGAGUUAAUCGUGCCCGCGAAACCCAGUACUGUGCAACAUACUAUGAAAGAGCCCGUCCCAGCGUCCUGGGAGGAUAAAUUGAGCGAGGAUGAUGAUCCUGCCGUCGCUGGGAAUACUCUUCUCCCUAAAACUCUGACUCAAGGACUCCGCUUUGAGAAUCUCCGUUUUCUCUCACUAGCGCAUCCAAUUCCAUCUGCUACUAACUGGAACUCACUCAUCAACCUCCUCUCCCGCCUUUCAACCAUAACCCACCUAUCGUUGGCACAUUGGCCCGUCCCGACAGUUACACCGAACGCCGUUAACGCCCGCGUACGACACCCAACACAAAGAUCCUUAACCUUCGCCUACGGCGGCACAGACGCAUACUCUUCAUUCGAGAACAACUGGGCCGAAGCAGCCGGUAUCCUGCGGAGACUCUCCCGCGCAUCUUACUGUCUGAAAUGGCUAGAUCUAGAAGGCUGCGGCGACUGGGUCCCAGCACUGAACUGGGAUGGCGUUGGACCAGAUGGCGAGGCGUACGUCGCCGGGCCAGAAUGGAAUGGGUCAUGGAGAGAUAUCGAGUUUAUCCGUCUAGGUCCAGGAUGGCUUCCUCAUAUUGAUGAUAGCGAGUUACUGCCUCUUCCCACUUCUUCUGGACAAUCUGCUGCUGCGUCUUCGUCUCUCACAUCAUCAUCUUCUGUGCCCCGUUCUCUAGCAUUCUCUAUGCAUGCUCCAUCUCCUGAUCAGUCGGCGGAUUCCGAUGGUCUCCCAUGGGACGUCGAAGUGGAACGAAUUAAGUAUCGUCGCGAGAAGGAGCUGGAACGAUAUCGGGAAGCCGUGCAAGCUGCGAAAGCAGUGCAGCAGCGAGUACAGCGGACAAGAAAGGCGGGCAAGGGAAAGUGGGUGCAAUUUUCUUUCGGCUUAGACGGGUUGGAAGAGGAUGUCCUUAGACGGUUACUCGGGAAGGAGUAUUUGAGUCUUCUCCCUUGAUGGGAUGAGACCGGGUUGUAUAUACAUUCAACUAUUAGUACAUGGCGCCCCGGGAAAUCGGUGAGGUAAAUGCCGUUGUAGGGCUAUCUUAAC